GCUUCCGCCGAGUGAAAUGAAUGACGUGGGUGCAAAAAAUGCUGGCAGUGUUCAAGCGCACAAUUCUCACGCAGUCAUCGGAUACAAAGGAAAAAAAAAAGUGUCUUGGACAGAAGAAACUUAUAAAGGAAGUGGCUCAGGGCCGACUGAAAUAUCAUCAAGCAUUCCAAUCAACUGCGCAUAUGUAUCACAAGAUUCUACAACCUGUAACCCAUUUAACGUGGCGUCACAGAAGUAUGGAGGAAGCUGUUUAAAUCAGUCCUCGAACAGCGGCAACUCGAACGGCUGCGAAAACGUUCUUGAUGGGAAUACAACUGUCGGCUGGGAAUCAGCGUCAAAUGAGGCCGUCAAUUCGUUCAUACAAAUUGGGUUUCACACAACCUUCGUCGUUGAUAAGUUACGGAUCAUGCAAAAAACUAGCUCUGGUCAACAAAUCCAAGAGAUGUUGUUGGAGUUUAGUGACUGUUCGAUGGAAACGAUUACACUGGCGGGGAACACGUCUAAUUUUGAGGAGUUUACCUUCUUGGCUCGUAGAACAAGCUGGGUAAAAUUUACCGUGAAAAAGGUGCUUGGAAGCAGCGGUGGGGUUGGCAUACAAGAAAUUGAGUUGAACAACGACUUGUGCAAACAAAAAACCAUAUGUGACCUUACCCAGCUUACAGGUGGUGGUCAAUCCAACCGCUAUCGCUUACAUCGAACCCAGUUUCCUCUCAUGAUUGAUGCUAAGGACGACGUCUCGGUGCUUCUCACGAGUGACUCACGUGAACAAAGCUCAGGGUAUAGCAUUUUGAUUGGUUCAAAUGGGAAAGUGGUCUUGAAAAGGCAAAGCAACCAGAGUAAAACUCUGACGGAAUUCAACACCACUGGCUCUUUGCUGAAAGAAAACGAGAUGCGGUUGUUUUGGAUCGAUGCAACGAAAGACAGAUUGAUAUUUGGCUCUGGAGAAAAGGUUUACCUGUUUUGGAGAGAGGCACAGCCGGUUAAAGUCAAGUAUGCUUUCUUCUCCGCGACAAGUUCAUCAGCCAAGUUUCAAAUUUGUGCACGCGUUGAUCAUUGCUACAAAGAUGCUUCUCACUACUGGCCACUCGACAAGUCCACAAUCUACCAAAAAGAUAUAAACGGUGAUGGAUCCCUGAUAGGAAAGAUACGCGGUCCAUGGUCCUUACAAGUAGGACCUUCUAAUCAGAGCUUUACACCGCUUGCACUCUCUCUCACAGGCUCAAACUGGGUAGAUUUCAGUUUUAAAAAAAGUGGCAAGGAAAGCUGUGUUCACAGCCCUUCGCAGUGUCCGAACGGAAUUUCUGUGAGCUUCAAAGCAAGUAUCUCAGGGGAUGGUACCGGAUAUAUCUUAUCCUCUGGCGGGAAAAGUUCAAGUGGUUUUGCCAUUUACUAUGUGGACUCUGUCAUGCAUUUCAGUCUCCGUGACGGACAGAAGAACUGGAAGGUUCAGAUAUCAUUUGAGAAAAACAAUUGGCAAACAUUUGCAAUGAGUUGGAGCCAGCAGAAUGGUUUGACCGCUAUUGUCUAUAACGAUUCCGCCAGUGUCUUGCAUGACCCAAUUGGAAAGAUCGUCACGGUUACGCCACUAGCAAAUCAUCCCGCGUUACUCACGAUCGGUCGCACGGGCGACAAGGGUAACGCCUAUGCCAAGUCAGUGAUAAGAGAUGUUGCAGUGUGGGAAGAGGAAAUCACAGAAAAGAAAAUGUCGAAUUUACAUGUUUGUAAUGAUCCCGCUAGCUGCGCCACAGGUUGGUUGUAUUUUGACGGCUCCUGCUACAAGGUCAUGUCGGAGAGCCUCACAUUUCAUUCAGCACGAAAUUCGUGUCUUUCCCAAGGAGCUGAUUUGGUGAAGAUUUCUUCUGAAGAGGAAAAUACCUUUGUUAAAAACGAAACUGGCAGCGAAGCGUGGAUCGGACUCGAACAGACAGAUAAUGCCUUCUAUUGGAAAGAUGGCUCGGGAGUGUCCUUCAAAAAAUGGAAAAGUGGGUCUUCGGGAAGUUGUGCUGUGAUGGAAGUAGAAGGAACCUGGCGAAAGUCUAAUUGUUCUAUUACCCCAGGAAAAUACAUCUGCGAACAAGUUGUCCGUCAUCAUCUGGGAUGCUACGAGGACAAUGCGGUGUCGCCGAAUUUUAUUUUCAAUCCUGGUGGUUAUAAACCUAGUAGAAUGACACCUGGCCUCUGUAUGCACUCAUGCGGCGCUUCGGACUUCACUUACGCGGCCCUAAAGAAUGGCAAUUUAUGCCUUUGUGCCAACUCUACCUCAAAAAUAACAGAACACUCUCCAGACAUGUGCCUGUCGUCCUGCUUUGGAGCUGGAAAUCUUAAGUGCGGUGGGGAAACUCACAUAUCUGUGUACAAGACGGUCCAGGCGCGGCCUCUCAGAUUGACUUUAACAUUGGAUCUCCCGAUUACGACGCUUACAGGUUUCAACUUGACAAUGACACCUAAGUUACCAGAGGAUCAAAUCGUCGAGUAUUAUGUUAUCAACGUAGGAGAUGGAACAGAGUAUUACACCAAAGAUUCUGUGGCUACACUGGCACUGAUUGAGUCAGGAAACUACACCAUUCGAGGAAAAGCGAUAGCUAAACAUAGUGAUACCGGACAUCUCACAGUGGUAGAGUCUUCCACUACUGUGUCCGCAACCUCAAACGUCUCAGGAGUAAACUUUUUCUGUCCAUCUGUGGGUUCUGUAAACAUGACGUUUAGUUGUUCCUUGAAAUUUAACCAGGGUGCCAACGUAGAAACCACGAUACAGUUUGAAGAUGGGGUUGACCGGAAUACAGUAGUUCCUGAUGCUGAAAUCCUUACACUGGGCAUCCUAGAGUCAGACUCAGAAUCCCAGGUUACUGCCGACGGGUUAUACCUGUUGGCUGGAAUGGACGUUACAAAUAAAGGUGAAGUUGUGGGUUUAGAAAUGGACGUCAAACAAGGAGGCUUUCUCGACUUAAAGAUUUAUCGCCCGACAUGUAACGACCAAAAACAACUUUAUUGUCAAGCAAAAAGAGUUUGUGUGACCAGGACUGCGAACAAAACCUCGUGUCCAGUGGGUAAGACCGAUACUUGCCACGGUGAAAACGUGUUCAGCUUUAAACAGAGACAGUGCGCCACUGAGUCGUGUAGUGAAAACAACACACUGAAUGGUGCUAAUGUCAACUUCGACUACGAGCACGUCUCAAGUUACAUGGUCUACUUAACAAGCGGACAUAAACUCUUCCUUAUCGAGAGUACAAAUCAGCGACUUCAAGUCGAAGAAGGUGACGUCAUUGGGGUACGUUUCCCCUCUACGGGGCCAGCAGCGGCAUUGAAAACUAGCUCGAAAAGUUUCUCCUUCCUGUAUAAUAUUUCAGAGAUCAACGCUACCACGACACUGCGAAGCAACCGCCUUCCUUCAACAGAAGACAGUCCGACUGAACUACAUUAUGCUCCCUCGAUAGCCAUUCUGUACUCCGCUGUGUCUGAGACUAAAUUUGAACACCAAUUCCUUAUGGCUGGACAUGAGGCUGUUUCCUUUUCAGUAGGCAACUCUCGCGGAACAGAGAGCUUCACAAGAGAGGUUAUUCUUCAAGAAGCCAUAACAGACUUCCAAUUAAAACUACCCGAUGCUUUCCCCUACGGAGAAACUGUCAAUGUUACAGCGGAAAUAGUUUACGGUACUAAUGUGACGUAUGUCUGGGAAUUCGGCGAUGGUGAAAAUGCCACAACAUCAAGUCCGUGGGUAACGCACGUUUACAGGAACAAAACUGGAACAGUGACUCUUAAUGUUAUGGCAAUAAAUAAAGUAAGCUUGAUGUCCAUCUGGUGCACAGCUGUUAUUCAAGAAAGAAUCGCCGGCAUGGAAUUUAGGGAAACUGCAUUGCUUCCUAUUGAAAACGGAACUACUGCUAAUAUUGGCUGGCUGUUGCGUAACGGUUCGCACGUAGACUUCAAUAUCACUAUCACAUCCACAGGCGACAACCGUGCAACAAAUCUCUCCAACCCCAAAGUACCUGGGGCAAUAUUUUUCGCCAUUUAUAAAACGAAUUUGACGAUUCCUGGCUUGUACCUGGUGUCAAUUACCGCCACAAACAAAGUGAACAGUCUGAAAAUCAGUGGGAACCUGAGCGUGCAACGUUCCGUCUACGGAGUACAAAUGACGCACCCUGGCUUCUCGAGGACCAAUCAGACGUUCAAUUUCACCAUUUUGCCCCACCAAGGAGAAGAAUGGGCCAGAUAUACCCUACUUGCGAUGGACGGAACCACCAUUAAUACCUCUGAUAAAGUCAUUCCACAUGUGUAUAGAAAGGCAGGGAGAUACAAAGUUUCUUUAAUAGCUUCCAACGACAUUAGCUCGGUCGUGGUGCGCUGUGCAGAACUCAUCGUUCAAGACGUUAUCAAAGGCCUGGAAUUUAGGAGUUUUAGACGUGAGGUAGGAGUAAUGGAAGAGGCACGAGUGCACUGGAAGUUGAAUCAAGGAAGUGAAAUCUCUAUUCUUGUCGACUAUGGUGAUGGCGAGUCAAAACUGUUUGAAAAGAACAUUACAGUUGGAGACAUAUUUGUCGCCAUUAGCCUUCAUAAUUACUCCGCUCCAGGGGAAUAUCUCGUAAAUAUCACGGUAACAAAUCAUGUGGAUAGCCGUUGGAUAAACACCACAAUUUAUGUCGAGACCCCUGUAAAAUACUUGACGUUUGCGGUAGAACGAGGUUCUCUACAAACUUUUGAGGGUGGCAGAUGCAGGGGGAUAAGAGAUUUGUACAUUGCGGUAAAUGACUCCGUCACGGUAACUGCUGACAUAUCCAACGGCACCAACGUGAACGUGGUCUUCGACUUUGGAGAAGGUAAACCGAAAAGCAAGCAUCAUCCACGGGAAUUCCCCACAAACGGAACGACAGAGAACCACACGUACUCUACAGAAGGAGCAUAUAAUAUCACUGUGACGCUAUACAACAGAAAUCAGAAAAAUGGUACGGAUAGAUGCGAAGUUAUCGUCCAAUAUCCAAUCGACGCAGUGCUGCUCACGUCCAAUUCACCUCAGCCGUCCGACCCAGGGGAAGUAGCGCUUUCUUUCCACUUCCCUGGCUACAAAGCUUCUGGACCAUUUAACGUGACAUACGACUUCGGAGAUAAUGAAACUGGAAGCUUUUUCUUACGAGAUAAGAAGGGGACAAAUCAUUCGUAUCCUAAACAAGGUGUGUAUACUGCCACGGUGAAAGUAUGCAACGAGAUAAGUUGUGGUAAUGCUUACGUCGAAAUUAUAAUUCAAGAUAAGAUCCAUGGACUCCAGAUUUUUUCUCAUUUGACGAAUUUUAUCGAUGAGUGCCCCGGGGACAAUUUCAGGCCUACAAAAGGAGUGUUUCCCAAGGAAUACGACGUAUUCUUUAACUCCUCUAUCACAAAUGGUACUAACGUAACUUACAGCUGGAAUUUUUCGAGAGACAAUGACGUAUGCAAAGGAAUGAACUGUAUUCGGAAGUUUUCUUCCACGGGCAACCACACAAUUUGCCUCACAGCCAAAAACAAUGUCAGUAGCAAGACUGUGAACGAAACUAUCAUUGUUCACGAGAGUAUACGUGGGGUAAAACUAAGCAAUGAUGGACCGGCAGAAAUGAAUACGCUCAUUAAUUUUACUCUGAGCAUGGACCAGGAAGGAACCGACUCUUGUUUUACAAUCGACCUGAAAGAUGGAAAACGUUUAUCAUACAGAAGUGGUAAAGGCAGAAAAAAAUGUGAUGGUGUCGAAACGUUUGAAGGAUCUAAACGUUUUCCCCACAUCUAUAGAGAAGCAAAACCUUACUUGGUCAGUUUUAAGGGCAAUAAUAGCGUAUCUUGUGUCAAAAUUGAAAGCGAGGAAACCAAAGCCGCCAUUGUGAAAGGAGAAUGCAAACUUCCAACUAUCAAGGCUCCGGGAAUUGGAAAGAGUAAAGAAAAUAGUACAAAGUUCAAAAAGUCAGAGAAGAUUGAAAUAAAAACAGUAAAUAAACUCGUAUGUUACAAUUACUCGACCCGGUACUAUUGGAAUAUGUCUCGAUUAGACGACUCCGCUAGCCCGACUCCAAACCUAUUCGGGGGCAUUCGUUUGGACAGACCAGACUUACUAAUCCCACCAAGGAAACUAGACUACGGCUUAUAUGAACUACAAUUUAGCAUCCAGAUGUUGGCAGAACCAGGCGUUUACAAGAUGGAGAAAUUUUACAUCAACAUCACAAAAACGGAUCUCGUAGCUUUCAUCGAUGGAGGUACAAAAAGGACUGUUGGUAAUGAAGAUCCUUUGACGUUGGACGCCGGAAAAUCAUAUGAUCCUGACACGGAGGCGGAAAAAAAAUUGAAUGUUGAGAGGUGUAACUGCACGUUCGCAUGGUUUUGCAAAAAAGAAUUUGAAGUCGAAAAUUAUAUACUACCUGUAAAUCUAACCGACUUACCACCUAUUCCCGACCCCCCUGUACAAAACAUUACUGCAAACGACUCCAUAAGGCCACAAUUAGGGGGCUGUUACGGAUACGGACCUGGACAACUUAACUUCAUGAAAGUGCAAGAUGUGUUGAACACGACAAAAAUGACACCCAACACAACCUACAUAAUAAGAUUCAUCAUCGCCAAAGACACACGAGUCUCGUACAGAGAUCAGACGAUAAAAGUCACACCGGGAAGCCCUCCAACUUUAGCCAUCGAAUGCGAACAAUGUAAAAAGAAAAUAAACCCUUCGAGCAAAUUAACUUUACAAGGGAAAGGAACGUCUAAGGGUGGUCAAAGGAUUUUCUACAGAUGGAAAGUGGAAAACAUAUCAGACCUCGAAGAGCGCGCAUCUACGCCCAUAACUUCGAGAAGUCUGGUUAUCAAACCCAAGACGUUUGAAGGCGGCAAAGUUUACGAAAUCACACUAUAUGGCAACAUUCAGGGUGGAGAAGAAGGACUCAGUACGCUUGAAAUAACUGUGAACGAACCUCCAAAGAAAGGAAGCUGUACACCUUCACCGCCUAAGGGGAACCCUUUAGAACCCAUAUUUACCUUGGAAUGUAAUGACUUUUCAGAUGAAGACGAGCCGUUAAUUUACGAAUUCUCUUACUCGACAUCGCCUGAUGGAGAGAAAAAAAGUUUAGGAAGCGGAUUAGAAAAGUUCCGCGAAUCCGUCUCAUUUCCCAGUGGUCUUCAAGAUCACGAAUUCAACUUAACUCUUCACGCCAAAGUUACUGACAAUCUUGGAGCUGCAACGGAGGUCGAAUUUACAAAAAAUGUGAAAGUGGAAAAGAAAAAAAUAAGUGUCGGAGAUCUUCAAAAGAAGGCGACCGAGCAGCUUGAAUCGAUAAUGGGCGGUGGUAACGUAAGAGAAACUGCAUCGUAUGUGUUAAGUGUCGCUGAAGUACUGAACGAUCAGAGUCCUUCAACUGCCGAAGAAGAUUUGAGCGAAGAGGAGAAAAAGAAAAGCGAGGAGCUGAGAGAAAAACUCGCUAUAGCUGUGGUUGAUUCGGCAAAAGUAUCCGAAGAAACGAGCUUAUCAGAUGUUGCUCAGUUUGCCAGCACUCUCACGGCAGUAACAAAUAAACCUGAACAGAAUACAGAGAAGAUGGUGGACAAGGUCUCCAACCUCUAUGACGAUGCAAGUAAGGCGAUUUUAAAGCAAGCGACGGAUCACGAAGGAGCGUCCAGCGAAGAAAUCAAAGCAGCCUCUGAGGCAGUGUUUGGUGGAGCAGUAAAUCUCAUUAAAUCCGCGGAUGUAAAGCAGAAAAAGCCAGAAGAGUCGUCCGGUGAGAACAAAAAUAAUACUCAGAUGAAGAAAGUUCUUGGUACUCUGGAUACUUUGUCUCAAGCUCUCACAGCAUCCAAAGUUCCGGGUGAAGAAGCCACAACAAUUUACACACCGUCUUUGUCAAUGGGAGUUUCCAAGGAAGAUAUUGAAACUUUAGGAAAGAAGCCAGUCACGAUCGGUAACAGCCAGGGGGCGGAAGUAAAACUUCCGGAGAAUUCGACAGCUUUCGGCAACGGAACUCUUGAUCAAGUGGCAAUGUUGUCUGAAAUUAAUCUCUAUCCCGGUGGCCAAGCUUCGAAACAGAUAAAUAACAGCAAGCUUGUAAGCUUUACUUUCUACACGUCAGUGAACAAAAGCCGCGAAGAAUUCAGUGUCAAACUUUUAGAGCCGGGAAAGGAAAUCAGUGUCAUGGUGCCCCGAAAGCAGCCCGAGGUCGAAAGACAUCCAACACAUGAUAAGCUUCACACGUCUAAAUUCAAGCUACACAAAUUUGUCAUACUUGACAAUUCGUCCGCUGUUACCAUUGAAACCAAGCCAGAGCUUCCAGUGGAAGUGGAAAUGUACGUGAAAGUGGGAGGCGAGCCAAAUCCUUCCCAAGGGGAGUUCGACUUUAAUGUAACACUUUCGGCCGGUCGCACAAAUUCGCUUAACUCUACAAUUCCAUCCUCUUCCUAUGAAUACCUCCUCUCUAAUGAUGUGUUAAACUGGACGGCCGCGGGGAACUACUCUGUUAUGGUGCGUUACAAGCUUCCAGAGAACCGUUCAUUCACCGAGGACCAGCUUGGAGACGGAAUAGGAUAUAACUUUUCGGUGUACACGUCAAGCUGUUUGUAUCAUGACCCAAAAACUAACAUUUGGAGAACAGACGGUGUCAAGGUGGGACCGAAAUCAAAUGUUACACACACGGAGUGUCUCACCAACCACUUGACAACAUUUGGGAGCAACUUCUUUGUUGCACCAAACACGAUUGACUUCAAGAAUUUAAGUCCUGAUCAGCUCUUAGAAAGUCCACACGCCCUCGUUGCAUUCUGCGUCAUCCUUGGUUUUUAUUUGUUGUGUCUUAUUCCGGCAAGAAAAGCUGACAAGAAUGACGCACUCAAGACCGGAGUAACUCCACUGCCCGAUAACGAUUCUCGAGAUACGUAUUGCUAUGAGGUUCAAGUCCAUACGGGAUUUGUUCGCGGGGCCGGAUCAAGUGCAGAGGUAUCCAUUGUAGUUACUGGCGCUCUGGGUGACAGUGAGCCACGAGUGAUGAAAGAUCCAAAACGAAAAACGUUUAAAACAGGGGCUGUCGAUGCUUUUCUCUUAACUGUUCCCCAGUCUCUUGGAAACUUAAAACAGAUUCGCGUGUGGCACAAUAACGGUGGGACUUAUCCAUCGUGGAAUCUUCUGCGCAUCAUGAUCCAAGACAUACAAACUGAUCAGAGGUGGUGGUUUGUGUGUGACGACUGGUUGGCGGUCGAGGAAGGUGACGGCAAAAUCGAGAAGACUCUUUUCCCUGCGUCCAAGAAAGAACUAACAAAAUUCAACGUCCUUUUCACGUCUGAAGUAAGGAAGAAUCUCACCGAUGGCCAUAUUUGGUUUUCGGUUGUUGCUCGGCCACCAAGAAGCAACUUCACAAGAGUUCAGCGUUUGACUUGUUGUUUGUCCAUACUACUGUGUACGAUGGUUUCAAAUGCCAUGUUUUAUGAAAUAGGCCAAAACGAAACACCCAAGAACGCAAUCAACAUCAUGGGCUUUAGUUUCUCCAUUCGCUCUGUAUCAAUCGGAAUCAUAAGUAGCGUUAUCGUCUUCCCUAUAAAUCUCAUUAUUGUUACCUUGUUCCGGAAAGCAAAGCCGAAGGAAAAUCGAUACUCAGUGAAAACAGAGGGAGAAGAGAUAGAUGAUAUUGACAUCGAGAUGGGUGGAGAGAGGAAGAAAACUGCGCAGAAAAAAGGCCUUCCUCACUGGUUUGUGUACGUGGCAUACGGCAUUGCAUUCUUAGCCGUGGUUACAUCGGGGUCUUUCGUGGUAAUGUAUGGCAUGCAGUUUGGUUCUGAUAAAUCAGCAGCGUGGCUUUCUUCCAUGACAAUAAGCUUUCUGCAAGAUAUAUUACUAAAUCAACCAAUUAAGGUCUUUGCAUUGGCGACACUUUUCGCUCUCCUCAUCAAAGACCCCAAAAAAGCCGAGGGAGAUUCAUAUGCCGAAGUUAACGCCCUAGCGACCGACGAAGAGUGGCUGCACAAAAACACAGAAGAUCUUGAUGAUGAGACGCAAAAGGCUUUGAAGACCCUAAUCAUUGACAAACCGCCAGACGAGGCGAAGCUGGAGAUCGCCCGUCAGCUGCGCAUGAAAGAAAAGCAGAUGAAGUCAAUUAUCCAAGAAAUUGCCUGGUACAUGAUCUUCUUGUUGGUUCUACUAACCAUUAGCUACGGAAACAGGGACUUAAAAACAUCGCAAGUGACCCGGUACAUGCAGAACAUCUUCGAGAAAGCUACCUACAGCGGGAAUCUUACAUUUAAUAAGGUACAUGAGAUUAACCAUUAUUGGAAAUGGUUGAAUGAGACUUUCAUCCCAUCUUUGAAUCCAGAAUUCUUCUACAAUAAUUCAACUCAGUAUGAAGAGGGUUACCUCGCUGACACACCAAACGCUUGGCUGUUGGGCGUGGCACGACUUAGGCAGUUGAGGAUCAAGAAAGACACCUGCAAAUACAAGAGAGCCUUUCAUCAUGUCAUCAGCGAGUGCAAUGAUUUCUACAGCAUGGAAUUGGAGGACCAAGGCUCAUAUUUACCUGGAUGGAAAGUGAAACCGCUCAUACCACCACUUAAUUCAUCAUCACCCACUCCCAGUGCCUCUUCCACCCCAAGUCAAGAGCCUCAAGUCCCAGGUCCUUGGGCGUACCAGAGCGGAACGGAGUUGAAGACUUACCCAUACUGGGGUUACAAAGCCACAUACAGCGCUGGAGGAUACGUGCAAAUGUUGCCCAAGGAUAUAAACGAGACCCUCACGAUAACGGGAAACCUAAGUUUAAGCAAAUGGUUGGACCGUUACACGAGAGCUAUCUUCUCUGAGUUUGCGAUUUACAACGCAAACACUAAUCUGUUCUGCGUUGUUACGCUGUUGUUUGAACAACUUCCCACCGGAAGUCUGACUCCGUAUCCCAGCAUUCUGACUCUACGUCUCUUCCGGUACGUUGGAGGCGAAAUGUACUUUGUCUUGACGUGCGAAAUUGUAUACCUUUUGUUCAGCACAUUCUUCGUGGUCAAAGAGAUAAAGAUGUUCGUGAAGAAAGGAAGGAAGCACCUCAAGAAUCCAUGGAGCAUUCUGGAAAUUCUUGUGACUCUGCUAUCUCUGUCUGCAGUGGGACUAUACUUCGCAAGGCUAAAAUUCACCGAAGAUGCGAUAAGGGAUAUGAACACAGACCGAACUGCUUUUGUCAGCUUCCAUUACACAGCUUUCCUGGACGAGUGGCUCAAGUGCAUCAUGGGCCUCAUUGUGUUCUUCUCGUUCUUGAAAUUGUUCCGUCUCUUGCGAUUCAACCGUCGUAUGUCACUGCUGCAGCAAGUCCUCAAAAGGUCGUUCAUCGAGUUGUUAUCAUUCAUGUUUAUGUUUGCACUUGCGUUCCUAGCCUUUGCACUUCUUGCAUGCCUAGUUUUUGGGCAGGCAAUGGAAGGGUUUGGGACAUUUUUAAGAAGCUGCGCCUCUUUGAUGGAUACAAUACUCGGCAAGUUUACUUUGAAGGAAAUGAUUUCAGCCAAUCGGAUUAUUGGACCAAUUUUCUUCUAUACAUACACAGUGACCAUGGUGUUUGUGCUCAUUAACAUGUUCCUUUCCAUCAUUAACGAUGCGUUUGCCGAAGUGCGCAGCGAUGUGGAAAAACAGUCCAAUGAAUACGAAAUAGUGGACUUCAUGGUUCAUCGGCUGAAAGAAAACAUCGGCAAGUCGAUCGGUCAUGCCAUACACCCAGUGUACAAAGAACCGAAGAGUGAACUAGAACUCAACUUUGAUAGAAUCGCCGAUGACGCGGAUAAUGCCAUGCAUUUCAUGAGGAACAUCACAUUCGAAGAUAUGAGGAAGACGCGUUGGUUCCAAAGCGAAAACUGCACGGAAAAGAAGAAAAACCUGAUGAGGCUGUUAAUGGAAGUGGAUUGGGACUAUUACGAGGAAGAACUUUGUGAUUCUAUUCCAGUUUUCGAGAAGUUCCUUAACCAGUACAGCGAAGAUGAGCUAGAGAGUGUCUUGCAAUAUUAUCAACAAAAGCGGAUGGUGGAGGAUAUGGUCUUUGAUCAAGUCAACGGUUCUGGUGACGACGAUGACUCCUCUGAUGAAAGUAACAGUGACAGCGAUGAUAGCAACGAUGACAGCGACGGAAUUAACAGCGACGACGAAAAAUUGAGUGAUGACGAGAAGGGAUCGGAGGAGGAUGUCGACGAUGAAACAAAUCCGCUGGCGAAAGAAAUCGAUGUAAGGGUCGGCAGCUCGGUUAGCCAUCGUGGAAGCGUAAUGGUUAAUCUUGGCACUGAAAUGGAACCAAGCAGAAUUCAGAGUCCUUCUUUCUUGAUCACUGAUACAGAACCAACUGCUAAAGAAAACUUGACGCGAAACACUCCAAGUGCAGACGGAAGAAGCAGCUUCAGUGACUCCCAAGCCGAAGCGACCGAAAACGAACUAAUUCAAAUAUUACACGAUGUACAGAGAAAUGUAGAGAGUCGUUGCGCCACAGAUGCCGAGAUAGAAAGCAUUUUUGGAGACUCCUUGUCUGUUGAUGGUGUUCAACCGCUUAAGUUCGACAGUGAACCUGAAAAUACAGGCAGCAAGAAGAAGAAUGACAAGAAGCGAAAGAAGAAGAAAGAAAAUAAAGAGAAGAUGAUACGAGAGAAAAAUACAAAAGACGCUUGGGUUGUAGCAACCGACGAAAAAGCAGAUAAUACAUCGACCGGUGAACCUCAAGAACAAAAAGUGGAGAGAAGAAAGGAAAAGAAAGGAAAGAGAAAAGAGAACACAGAAGAAUUAGAGAGGCCUUUAACUGAUCCUUGCACUAGAGAUGAAGUGGAUGAGGAAUUGCUGAAACCCAAAAAGAAAGGAAAUAAACAAGGUGCAGGUGCAAAUGAAGGUGGAGAGGAGACCGCUGAACCAAAAAUCAAGAAAAAGAAGGCCAAGGAAUCUGCAGUAGAGGAUUCAACGGGAGGGGACAUCGAGGAAGAAACCAAUGUGGAAACAGGGAAGAAGGAUAAAAAGAAAAAGAAGAAGAAAAGGCAGGAACACACAGAUGAAGCAGCUCAGAUGGACCCGGAAAUGGACGAGAAACCCCAAAAUGAAACUAAGAAGAAAAAGAAACAAAAAUUGAACCAGUCGACUGUUGAUGACGACGAUGGUCGCAGUUCUGUAAGAUCAAACGACACCGAAAAAACACUACUCGAAGUAAGGCCGCCGAAGAAAAAAAAGGAAAAGAAAACAAAGCCAACAGGCAAGGGGAUUGGACCACGGGACGAGAGUGAGUGUUAGAUCUGAAACAGUUGAACUAUACUCCGACAGAAGUUAACUGAAUCUACAACACUAGAUUAAAAGUAUAAGUACAGGCAUUCGCCAAUCCUAGUUUGACCUUGUAAAAACAUUUUAUGAUAGAAAAUUGCGAUUUUCAUUUCUUCGCUUAAUUCUAGUUGAGAAAACGUACGUAUCGAAGCCGAUAUGUUAUCUAGACGCCCGUUUGCAAGGUGUUUCUUAAGUUAAAAUUUAAUGAACGAUGAAAGCUUCUUAGGAUACAAAGCGACUAUGUUUUAACCAAGUUGUCGUUCAGAUAGCAAGUGUCUCGUUUCAACGAUUUAGACAAAACUCUAGAAACUCAGGAGCUCGUAACCAACGGUGCAUGAGGCCAUCAUUCUACCAAAACAAAAGAGCGGGCUUAGAGUCAUACCUUUUGGCCUCGGUACCAACCCUUUGCCGUCAUGCUAAAGAGAAGAAGAGCGAGACAGGGCUUUUGCUCAAGACUAUGUUGUACAUUUUGCUGAAGUAGCAUCUCCAGUAUGCCAUUUGCUACCCGCUUGAUUUCCUUUCAAAUCAGCGUCCAACGAAACAGACAGACGAUCUGUCUUUAUUUAACAAAACAUCUUCCCUUGAAACCCUUUAAGAGACUUCGUGAGGAAAACGCGAGGUAGAUGUGGCCAUCCAACAAAGUAAAACCAAAAUAAGAGAUUUGCACCCUUCACUAAAACAAAGAGCCGCUCUGUUUCUUUAUAAAUGAGACACUGGUAAAUAAACGUACAACUUCUAUUACGCUUAUAAUUUUCGUAGCGUGAAAUAAUAAGAAAAAUUGUAAAUAGGCAUUUUGUGGUAGAUUAAAACUAGUUUU